AUGGAUAAAAACCAAACAGAAGUGGUGAGAGAAUUUGUCCUGGCAGGCUUCUCACAGACACCAUCUAUCGAGGCAGGGCUAUUUGUACUAUUUCUUUUCUUUUAUAUGUCUACUUGGGUAGGGAAUGUCCUCAUCAUGGCCACAGUGGCUUCUGAUAACUAUCUGAAUUCAUCACCCAUGUAUUUCCUUCUUGGCAAUCUCUCUUUCUUGGACCUAUGCUAUUCAACAGUAACUACCCCUAAGCUUCUGGCUGACUUUCUUGCUAACGUAAAGCUCAUUCCCUAUGACCAAUGUAUCGUGCAGCUCUUCUUCCUCCAUUUUGUAGGGGCGGCUGAGAUGUUCCUGCUCACAGUGAUGGCAUAUGAUCGCUGUGUUGCAAUUUGUCGCCCCCUGCACUAUACUACUAUCAUGAGUAGAGGAUUAUGCCGUGUUUUGGUAGCUGCCUCCUGGAUGGGAGGAUUUGUGCACUCUAUUGUCCAGACAAUUUUAACUAUCCGUCUGCCCUUUUGUGGGCCAAACCAGGUGGACAACUUCUUUUGUGACAUUCCCCCUGUGAUCAAGCUUGCCUGUGCAGACAUAUUUAUCAUUGAAUUACUAAUGGUAUCUAACAGUGGGUUGAUCUCUACCAGCUCCUUUGUGGUGCUGCUUUCUUCCUACACCACUAUCCUGGUCAAGAUUCGCUCCAAAGAGGGAAGGCGAAAGGCACUCUCUACCUGUGGCUCCCACCUCAUGGUGGUAACACUCUUUUUUGGACCUUGUAUUUUCAUCUAUGCUCGUCCUUUCUCCACUUUUUCUGUGGACAAGAUGGUGUCUGUACUUUACAAUGUUAUCACCCCCAUGCUGAAUCCUCUCAUCUACACACUGAGGAACAAAGAGGUCAAGACAGCCAUGCAGAAGCUGUGGGAUAGGAGUGCUUGGAAAAAGCAGGAGACAUAA